AUGGGUUGUUGUAAGGUGCCAGCUCUUAUUCAGGCGCAAGUAGAAAUGGGUUUGGUUAAUGAAGCUGAGCAUAAAAGUCUUUUUAGACGAGAAACAGAUUCACCGCAAACGAAAGCAGCUUCUUUGAUGGAACAAGGAGGAUCGCUUCCUGGAAGUUUUCGAGAACGGACAGCUAAAUCACCUAAGAACAGUGUGUUACAGAGCUUCAAGAUUGUGAUUUUGUCGAAUAAACUUAAUCUCUUGUUGCCUUUUGGUCCUCUUGCAAUAUUACUUCACUACUUGACAGAUAAUAAGGGAUGGAUCUUCUUACUGAGCUUAGUAGGCAUCACACCUUUGGCUGAGCGUCUUGGAUAUGCCACAGAGCAAUUGGCUUGUUACACAGGCUCAACUGUUGGAGGGCUCUUAAACGCUACAUUUGGAAACGUAACAGAGCUGAUCAUAUCGAUUUUCGCUCUUAAAAGUGGAAUGAUACGCGUUGUACAGCUGACGCUACUUGGAUCGAUUCUUUCUAACAUGUUGCUUGUGCUUGGUUGCGCCUUCUUCUGUGGCGGGCUUGUAUUUUCACAUAAAGAGCAAGUCUUUGACAAAGGGAAUGCGGUUGUGAAUUCGGGAUUGCUUUUGAUGGCUGUCAUGGGGCUACUCUUCCCUGCUGUUCUUCAUUACACGCAUAGCGAGGUUCAUGCCGGUUCGUCAGAGCUGGCUCUCUCAAGGUUCAGUAGUUGCAUAAUGCUCGUGGCCUAUGCUGCUUACCUCUUUUUCCAGUUAAAGAGCCAACCAAGUUCUUAUAUCCCUCUUACCGAGGAGACGAACCAGAACGAAGAAACUUCGGAAGAUGAUGAAGAAGCUGAGAUUUCCAAGUGGGAAGCUAUCAUUUGGCUUUCAAUCUUGACGGCUUGGGUCUCUCUUCUUUCCGGCUAUCUUGUUGAUGCCAUAGAGGGUGCUUCGGUCUCAUGGAAGAUACCAAUCUCUUUUAUCAGUGUCAUCUUGCUUCCUAUAGUAGGAAAUGCGGCCGAGCAUGCAGGUGCAAUUAUGUUUGCCAUGAAAGACAAGCUGGAUCUGUCUUUAGGAGUGGCUAUUGGAUCUUCAAUUCAGAUUUCUAUGUUUGCGGUUCCAUUCUGCGUAGUGAUCGGAUGGAUGAUGGGUGAACAAAUGGAUCUAAAUUUCCAGCUAUUUGAGACAGCUACACUCUUCAUAACUGUUAUAGUUGUAGCUUUCUUUCUCCAGGAAGGGACAUCGAAUUACUUCAAAGGAUUAAUGCUUAUUCUUUGUUAUUUGAUAGUCGCUGCGAGUUUCUUUGUACACGAAGAUCCUCAUCAAGGUUAG